UCAGGUGACAUUUGCCCUGCGCUUUCGCGCCGCGCUUGGGAACGAUUCGAGCAAAUGCAACCCACAAAAUGGAUAAUUCUUGGACUAACACAUCCCUCAAUGGAAACACCACUACAGUGAGCCAAGACCACUUCCUUUGCGGUUCCUUCAUAGAAAACAUCAUCGAGAAAUGGUUACGAAACUUGGGAUACGGAAUUGUUUUUAUUCCUGGCGUUUUAGGAAAUCUUCUGGCCAUACUAGCGUUCAAUAACCAGCCAAAGAUGCGAACAGUACCAAAUUUAUUCAUCACUAACCUGGCCAUCGCUGACUUUGUGGUGUCCCUUAUAAACGUGCCGCUAGUAGCUGUUCAUGCUCAUUUGACCUUCUGGCCAUUUGGUUCAUUUAUGUGUAAAUUAAUUCCAUUUGUUCAGGGAGUGUCGCUAGCGGCGUCUGUGGGGACAAUGAUAGCUAUAGCCGCUGACCGCUUCAAGGUGAUUGUGCAUUACGAGCUGCCAAAGAUGUCAAUCAGUCACGCGAAGGCGGUGCUUGUAGUGAUCUGGAUUCUGUCAUGCGCAGUACCGGCACCGCUGCUCAAGUAUUCGGACACGAUCGAAGUGCAAUGCAAAGGUGAGCGCUUAACGAAGUGCGUGGAGAUGUGGUCUGACCCCAUGCACCUCAGGGCGUACACCAUGGUCCUCUUCAUGGUGCUGUACUGUCUCCCUGUAGUCCUAACGUCUCUACUCUACGGAAAGAUCGCUCAUACUUUCAGGAAUCUCCCUACUGCACAGAAAGUCUCCCACCAGGCGCAGCACCGCAUAGUGCGCAUGUUCGUGAUAGUGGUGACGCUGUUCGCUGUGUGCUGGCUCCCGUAUCACGUGGUCUUCCUGUACCUGGACUACGCUCAACCACAGCAGACGGAUCUGCUGAUCAAGAUCGUGUUGUUCUGCCAGUGGCUCAUCUACGCCAACAGCGCAUGCAACCCCGUCAUCUACACUGUCUUCAACACCAACUACAGAAGGCAGUUCCUGAGGAUGUUACGUCUCCCACAUCGACGAGUUUACGAGAAUUCAUCAUCAACCGACGGGCGCAACCUGAGCCUGCGGUCACGUAACCGCAAGCAGCGCUUGGGAAAGAGAAACUCUUGUCCUAGCAGAACAGAUGCAGUCAUCGGGAACCCUGAGGAUAUGGCAGUGCACACAAGGCCCAAGUCUCGCGGGCUCACAAUGUGAGGGGAGCGCAUUAAACCCUGCCUGUUUCUGUAAUCCUCAAUAGCCUUUUUGAUAUUUUUUUCUAAGACAUUUUAACACAGCAUAAUUCGUUUCCAAAUAUUUAGUUUCCAAAUAUUUUAGUAGCUUCGAGGAUAGUAGUUGGUUAGGAGACAAGAAGACUUUCUCUAUAUUUUUGCACUGAUACCAACCAAUAUUUAGUAGAAAUACUUUUGUGUUAAAACAUAUCUCUACGAAAAAAAAUGCGUUAAAAAAUUAGAUUCACUAGCUCUGUAAAUGUUAUUUCAAAUUCAGAGGUAUAGGGAAGUGAAUAAUUGCUUGUUUUGUUAAAUUAAAACUACGCUUCAUUCUAACUUUUCAAUAGUUUAUUCAUUUACACAAAUUAAUGAAUGGAUUGCCUUAUUCAUGCAGUUUACUUAUUCCUGUUCUAUUCUACGUGAUCACUCUAAAUAGUUAUAUUUUUAUUCAUUUAAGACCAAGAAACCUUAAAUUCUCGUUUUAUCUCAGAGCUGUAAGAGAUGCACUUCCUCAAAGCAGGGUAUUUAUAUCUCCAGUAAGCUAAUUCAUAACAGUUAGAAAAUAAACGCUAUUCCCAUUGUUCAGUAA